AUGAGCACCACAGUCUUCAAGUUCUUUCAGCCAAAGGAGCAGCGUCAGAAUCCCACUGAGAAGAGGAAAGACCAGCUCCGCCGGGCUCAAAGGACAUAUCGUUCCCGUAAAGAAAAGUAUACGCGCACUCUAGAGGCCGCUUUCGCGCGCGCACAGGCUCACGAGGAACUCUUGCUCAAAGAACGCGCGCGUCUGCGUGCCACUGUCCAGCGCCUAGUAGACACGCUGAACCAGAAUGGCAUACAACCACCAGAGGACUGUAUACAAUGCGAUGAAGUAUACAACCAGGACUACAUGUGGGUAGGCAGUCCGACAGAGUCGUCGCCGUCCACUUCCCAUGGCACCAAUCUAUCACCGCAGCAGAUCAAGGAGUCUGUACACGCUGUUGCCGGUCUGACACCACAAUCGGAUACAACCCCGGAAUCGUUCCAGGCGAGUUCGCCGAUUGAUGGGCACCUCGCCACGUCUAUAGUCUCCCAGCAUGGCACAACGCCCAUUUGUGAGUUUGACGAGGUGGCUGUAGGUAUGGAUUUCAUCUUGACGAUUGAAAAGCCCUGUCGCGGCCACAUACACGGCGACCCUCACAAUCACGACGAGCCCGGCGGCCACGCCAUCACCGCGACGGCCCAGCUAUGCUCGCCAAAUCACCGCGACCCACGCUGUCACUCCCCGCAGGCGACACCGCUGGCGGCAGACUCGGAUGCCGACACCACGCGCGUCUCCUCGGCCGCUAUCCUUGAGCGCUUGCGCAAUCUGUCGCCGCUCCUCUGUACACCCGGCGAGUCGACGCCGAUACAGUCAUGGGAUCUGAUACGGCAUCAUCCGGGGUAUGGGUUGCUGACGCAGAGGGAUCUCUGGCUUUUAAUUGAGAGGUUGGGUCCGUCUGUCAAAUGUCACGGGUAA